AUAUGUUAAUGAAUGUAUUUUCUUUUUUUAAGGGUUAACUUCAGCAGUAAUGAAAAUAAAGUUGCGAAGUCUGGACAAUGGGGCGGAAUGGAAAUCUAAGUAUCACUAAUGACAGAGUGCGUUUCUUAUUUUCUGUGAUCAUCAUCUUCAGCCUAAUUCUCCUUUUGGUGUCAUUUCAUAGUCUUCAGUCCACAAAGACUGUCAACUUGUCAACUGUUAUUCAGCAUCAACACGUACGAAUGGGACACUUGCGCAAAGCAAAUUAUUCCAGGUCUGUAGGUUUCCUAAAUAUCAUGAAGCAAAAAAAAUUGCAGAGAAGGUUAGGCAAGCAAAAAAAUAUCACAGUAGAUAAUGCAGCACAAAAUAAAAUGUUAAGACAUGAAUUGAAGAAUCAACUGGUAAAAAACACUUCUUUCAGUAACAGUUCAACAAAAGUAAGCACAUACUUUACAAACGUAAGACGACAGGCAGAAAAAGAACCAGUUAAUCUGUCCAUUGUAAAAAAAGAAUUGCAUUCUGGGCCAGAUAUUGAUCAUAUGAUUAUACAAGUUAAUACUUCUGUUGAACAAGUUUGCAGAAUGCCAGAAUUAAAACCUUUCGACCCAGAAAUCGCACACCUAUUUCAUGACCCUUCACCUCUUGAGUGCAAAGGUCAGACAAUUAGUUAUGUGAAAAAUAAUCACAUUUUUAUACGAUAUGAAGCUGUAGAGAAAGGGAAGUAUGAGUCGUGUCAAGUAUCAACCAUUGAGAGAGAUUCUGAUCUUCUAUCUUUUAUAACCGAUCCUAUUGAUGUGCCUGUUGGGCCCACACAUACAAGAAAUGACAUAGAACUUAGAUAUAAAAUUGAUUCAGACUUUGUGAUUGUUGGCUGCGAGAACCCUGAAGUUAAUCCUGAUGAUCAAAAUCCUUCCUCACUGGAGUAUGAAACCGACUUCCACAGCACUCAUGUUGACAUCCAUUCCCAUAUUAAUCCUAACAAAAAGGUAAUGGCACAUGCUCGCAACACACCGCUACCAAAAAAAGCUCUUGGAUUAAAUGUCAUUAUGCUCGGAGUUGAUUCAACAUCUCGAUUGAAUUUUAUACGCAAAAUGCCGAAAUCGUAUCGUUACUUAACAGAAAUUCUUGGGUCUGUGGUUUUAAAAGGGUAUAAUAUCGUUGGUGAUGCUACAAAUGGUGCCCUCACUCCCAUGCUUACAGGCAAACACGAGAAAGAACUACCGGAAGUUCGUAAGAGCUUCAGUAAUUCAACAAAGGUUGAUGUUUAUCCUUUUGUAUGGAAGGACUUUAAAAAGGCAGGUUAUGCGACACUGUUUGCAGAAGAUUCUCCCGCCAUAUCUGCCUACAACUGGAGGCUCAAUGGUUUUGAUGCCCAGCCUACAGACCACUACAUGAGAACUUUCUGGCAGGAAGUCCGAGUAGAAGGUCUGUGCCUCGGCCCUAAAUCUGUCCACGAAGUAAUGCUUGAUUAUAUGCAGGACUUUAUGUUUGAUUAUAAAAGCAUUCACCACUUUGGGUUUAUGCUCUACACUGGACUUACACAUGCCGAUAUUAACCAGUUGUCACUGCUGGACGAGCACUUGUACUCAUUUCUGAAAAAAACUAACAAGGAUGGUCUCCUGAACAAUACAGUCCUAUUCGUUUACAGUGAUCAUGGUGCACGCUAUACAAAAAUUCGAGCCACUCUUCAAGGAAAGUUGGAAGAGAGGCUCCCAUUUAUGUCCAUCUUUUUGCCAGAUUGGAUUCGAAAAAUGCAUCCAACUAUUUAUAAGAAUCUUGAAUUGAAUUCGAAUAGGCUCACCACGCCUUUCGAUAUACACGCAACAUUACGCAGUAUUUUAGACUACAGUAGUGAUGUGAGAGAUGAAGUGCGACGAGGGAUGAGCUUGUUUCAUGAAGUACCGUUGAAGAGAAGUUGCAGUAUGGCUGGAGUAGCUCCUCACUGGUGCGCAUGCUUAAAGUGGGAGAUGGUUCCGCCUGGAAAUGAUUUAGAGAUAAAUACCAUAGCAGAAGUUAUCGUAGAUGAGCUGAAUCAUUUGGUGGCACCCUUCUCUGAUCAUUGUGCUCAUAUUGUGCUGAAGAAAGUGAAAUUUGCUCAAAGAAUGAUUCCAAAUUCGGAAAUUUUGACGUUUGAUAAAACUGUAGAUGCUGACCAAAGAGAACCAGGCUUUCUCAAGGAAGCUAAUGUUGAUGUGCACGAAAUGGCACUACUCUACCAGGUUACCGUGGAAACAGCUCCUGGACCCGGUUUAUUCGAAGCAACUCUAGAGAUGUCCCACGAUAAAAUGAAUAUCACAAGAUACAGAGUAACAGAAGAGAUAAGCCGAAUUAAUCUUUAUGGAGAUCAACCUAAAUGUAUAGUUGAUAAAUAUCCAAAGGUUGCUAAAUUCUGUUUCUGUAAAAAUCAACUUAACAUAGGGCGAGAUAUCUAGAGACAUCAGUGGUACCUAUCAAAAGACGCUCAGGUACAGUACUUAGAAAUCGCUUCUUAUCACCUUAUUUUGACAGUACCCUCACGCUUAAUCAUCAAAUCCUCUUCCACUAAGCCUUUGUGCCCCCCAUCAGCCCCAUCCCCCUAUUGUUAAACCUCCUUGAUAUGUAACAAAUUUUAAAAAGAUUAUUGUUAUUUAUUAAUUAAAUUAAUUUUGUAAAUAAACAAACAAAUGAUGUAAUAUAAUUAUAUAUUUUAUUAUGAGAUAAUUAUUGUAAGUAACAUUUCUUGAUGAAGUGUGUUGGGCACUCAAUAUUUUGUAGGUCAAUUAUAAAUUAAGGUAUCUAUUGUAGUAAUGACAAUCGUAAUUUUAUAUUUCUUUCUUUGUAUUGAUAAACGUGGGUUAAUGAUGCUAGACAGCAGAAGGUCUCAGGUUUGAAUAUAGACAUAUAUUUGUGUUCCGCAAGUCAACCUUCAA